GUUACCUGUCACCUGAGUUACCUGCCACAGCUGAGUUACCUGUCACAGCUGAGUUACCUGCCACCUGAGUUACCUGCCACAGCUGAGUUACCUGUCACAGCUGAGUUACCUGCCAGCUGAGUUACCUGUCAGCUGAGUUACCUGCCACCUGAGUUACCUGCCACACUUUGAUCUGCCUGCCUUCCAUCAUCACGGGUCAAGUUCUGUUCCCCUCAAGCAGUGACACACCUGACUUGCCUGCCACACGUCCUUCCAUAUACCUGUGCGGGGCGCCGUUCACCAGGCCAAACAGGAGCCGAGAAAGGGGGAUAAAAACGGUUGUCCUUGGACAUACACAAGAAACAUCUCGGCCAUGGCGGGCUUACAGCCUUUAGGAGGUGAUAAAGAUAUAACCCAAGAGUGGCUGGAGACGAUGCUGUCACACAAGAAGGGCAGCACCAUCACUGUCAACUUCUGGUCCUCCAUUCUUCCAAGAGAGCGAGAGGGUUUCCUAAGUGAAAUUGCCUUUGUCAGGAUCCAGUAUACUGCUCUUGAUGGGAAGAAAGAAGAGUGCAAACUGGUCUUUAAGUUUUUGCCUCAGGAUCCCAAGUUAGUUCAGUUCCUAGCAAAUGGUGGACUUGCCAAACGUGAAGUUGAAUUUUACCUGUUUGUGAGCUCCCCAAAGUUUCAGGUCAUUUGUGCAAAGAGUGGCAUUGUCCCACCUGUGCCAGAGGUCUACUAUGCUGCCUGCACUGACACUGCCAUCACCAUUGUGCUCCAGGACCUCAGUGUGGACCAGUACAAGAGUGUCAUCGUGAGGGAUGGCAGCACACUCUCCCAGACCAAGACAGCGUUCCAGGCCAUGGCACUGAUUCAUGGUGCUGGCAUCUUGUACCUGCACCAGCACCAGGAGGGGGGUCACCUCUCCCCUCUGGCUGAAGAAUUUAAAACUGACUUUUAUGACCAGUUCUUUGACCCUAACAUGAAGACCCUCACAGAGAUGUAUGCAGGUUCAUCUCUUUCCAAGGUUUUCAAGGCACUUAGUCCCUUGACGAGGCACAUUCUCUCCACCUCAAGAAGGCACCAGCUGCUCAGGACUGUAGUGCACGGGGACCUCUGGGCUGGACAGUUGCUGUACUCUGCAGACGAAAGUUCAGCAAACAUAAUUGACUGGCAGUUCUGUCACCUGGACAACCCUGUCAGUGAUGUCAUGUCCAUGUUCUUUAUGAGUACUGAUCCUCAUGUGUUAGAGGAACACUUGGAGGAUAUCAUGCAAGAUUACUGGGGCGUCCUCUGCAGGGUGGUGAAGGCAGGGGGGGGUGAGCUGGGGGUCACCUUUGAGCAGCUGAUGGCCAAUGUGGAGGAGAUGUGGAUGUAUGGCUUCAUGUUCCUGGCAGUCAGCCUUCAUGACUUCCUUGGCAGUGACAACAUAUCUCAGAACAGGCUGCUUGGGGCCUUCACCCUCCUGGAGAAGAGGGGAGUGUUUGCAAAGUUUCUGGCAGAGUUUGGAAGUGAAGAGCCAUCUUGCCUUUGACAUGAGUUAUCUUAAUUGUAGUGUCAUGUAACAGUCUCUUUCAAGAUGCAAGAUGCAAGAUGGCGCCACUAUAAACACUCGCCUGCACCAGAACGGGCUGGGCCGACCAUCAGGCCCCACCUGGAAGAAGCCUUGGGCCGACCAUCAGGCCCCACCUGGAAGAAGCCUUGGGCCGACCAUCAGGCCCCACCAGGAAGAUGCCUACCGGCGCAACAGGCAACGACGUAAAAAAAAAAAAAAAAAUACAUGUUCUUGCAGAGGUGUAAAAAAUCACUAGAUACAGGACUCCACAAAAUCCUGGGCUACAUUUCAGCUGCCAUAGCUGUGGAGAGUCACUCAUUCAUUAGGGGUUAGUUCUCAGAGGUCUGUGUGUAGCCAAGUCUUCAGAUUUUGAAAACUUUUAGAUCACCAAGAUAGAUUAUACACAUCAGAUCUUGAUAAUUUGAAAUGACUGCCAUUUGUGAUAUAUGAAUAUGUGGUAUAUGAAUUGUAUGUCAUAAGAGUGAACAUUCCACGUCAUGAAGUCACACAAUCAUAUAGGUCCAGCUUUCUGAGGGGCAAUCAGCCACUCUUAAAGAGAAUGAAAUGCUUGGACAACGUUCCCAAAUAUACUUUCAUCCUUGCACAUCAAUAACUGACAAAAUAUCAGGAACACAUAAACUAGGCAUUUAUGAACAAUACCUAUUAUAGUUGGUUUAAGUGAAGUCUACAAAUGCCUUGUAAGGGAAUGAUUUGGUGCAUGUUGUUACACUAGCCUUUUCUGUAUACUGCCAGGACAGAAUUGUAAACUGUAGGAAUGAAUAUAUAGGUGCUUUACAAUUUGAGAUGAAAUUAGUCUUUUACUUAUUCUUUGGGAAGUAGUAGAAUGACCAGUGCAUACAAGGAAGGCAGAGUGUAAGCCUUUGUUUCAUAUAUAUUGAAUGCUCCAUAUCACAGGCAGCAGCAGCAGCAGGAAGGAGUUUGUAGGAAAAUGGUCUUUAUUUUCAGAUCAGUAUUACAUUUUAAGAUGCUGCCCAGUGAUAUCUGCGAUGCUCUCUGUUAUUUAGCGAGUAAGUUAUCCUUCUCUGUGCGUGAAAGCUCUGAAGAAACAAACUCCAUAGCCAGUGACGUGUUACUCUGAUCCACAUCCAGGACCGCUCUUCUCAAAGAUUUAGUCCACAUGUGAUCAAGCACGUGAUGUACCGUACACAGGCCUGCAAAUACAAUACCAGGCGUGGGUACAUGUUCCUGUGGGAAAUUCCUAUAAUUUUUUUUCUCUAGAAAUAAAUGUUGCUGUCACUAUCAUACUUGUGCUAGAUUGUUAAGUAAAAAGGCUCUCACCUGUGAUCCUAAUUUCUGUCUUGUUGUUGCUUAAUUCCUUUAUACUGUGGUGUAUUUUGAUGCAGAAUGGUGCUGUUCACCCAUCAUUUGAUUAAAACCAUUAUUAUAUCUA